AUGUCCACAGUUCGCAUCCCAGUUAACACCAACGGCGGACACCCACUGUCGCCCUCCCCAACGUUCCGCGACCUCGCCGAUUACAUCCACGCCCGGCUCGUGGCUGAGCGCAUCAUCUCGCGCUGGGACCGUGCCGUGCACCACUCCGGCACCUCCAUCCUCAUCCAAUCGCCCUCCCGGCUCCCUGCUCACAUUGUCGAAUGGGCUGAAUCGGCAGCGCGCGAGUUCUACGCGCCUCUCCACGUCGGCAACGCAGUACAGGAGGAGCCGAGCGGCAUAGCCAGAGCCAUCGCAGUCGCCACUGGGAUCGCCGUCGCUCCUGUCUCGCCAAUCACUAAGACCGACACGGUCACCGCAUAA